AUGAACAAGGCGGGCGUUAGCAUGGCGGAGAUCUCUUUUCAUCCGGUGAAGAGCUCAGUUAGCGCCUGUGGAGAACCUGCUGUCUCGAGUGAACGUUGCACCGCAGGACUCUUGAUGCAGCAAAGAGGAACACACGGCCAGCCAAGUGAAGACUGUCCUGAUGCAGUAGAUGCAGUCAUUGGCAUGCUAACACUUUAA